AUGCUUAAUCUAAAUAUAUUUUCUGUACAAGAUUUUGGUAGUAAUGUUGAUCGAAUGACAGCUAAACGUCUUGGUCAAUGGACUACUCGUCUCUACAUCAUAAUGCUCAUAUCUAGUGUUGCUCUACUUGCCAUAUAUAAUAUCGUUCAAGUUCCAACUUUGACAAACACAUUUAAUAGACCAUCUUUCGAACUUUACAAUCAACUCAAACAUGACCAUGCAGAUAAACUGUCAUGUUCCUGCUCAAUAAUUGCAUCAACAUUUAAUUCAUUUGUUAAUAUUGAAGCAGUAUUUCAUGAAAUCUGUUUGAGUCCAUUUGUUUCGGAUCAAUGGAGAAUUAAUCUUACAGCUGAUUUGGUUCCUGAUCUUUCUAUAUAUGCACCGAACGAUUAUCGUCGUUUUCUCUCUGCUCAUUUACAAUUUCUUCAAGGAUUAUGUCAACUUUCCAUUGAAUCAGUGAACAAUUCUAUAAAACAAUUUUUAUCUUCUUCAUUCAUUACUGCUGAUCUUUUAUCAGAAAAAAAUUUCUAUGAACGUUUAAAUUUAUUAAUCAACGAAAGCAGAUUGAAUGCUCCUACAGUAUUCGCUCGUAUUUUCUCUUUAAUUCGCAGUGUUAAUGAUGGAAAUGCGUUUAUAUCCACCUAUGGAACGAAUUUCAAAUAUAUCACUCCCUGGGAAAGACACGUCUUUAUAUAUGCACCUACUGAAGCCGUAUUUUAUGACGAUGAAUGUUCCUGUGGGCUAUAUUCAAAUUGUACAAGUCAAGCGAGAUUUAUCAAAACAAAUUCUUUUGAAACUAUUUCAAUUGAAGGUUUGAAAAUAGGCUGUACACCAAGUGAAUCAUUGCUCGUUUCCACUCUUGAAUGUUUCUAUAAUCAAUCAUGUAUUGAUCUAAUUGAAGAAUAUACUAACUAUACGAGCAAUGUCACUCAUCUUUCUUCAAUAACUAGUCGAUUCGCUGUUAAUACUUCAAUUACUGAACUUGUUCAUAAUCUAUUCAUUGAAGAAUGGACAACAACAAUGACGAAUUAUUCAUUUUAUUUCAAACAAUGCUCACCUUUGUUGUGUUCAUAUACAUUUACCGAAAAUUUCAAUGUAUUCCAUACAAUAACACUUCUACUUAGUCUACAAGGUGGUUUGACGAUCAUUUUAAAAUGGAUUUGCCCUACAAUAAUUCGAAUCAUAGAUGAAGUAUAUAAAUAUCGAAAGACACGAAGAAACGUUAUCCAACCUGUGGAUUCAUUAGAGAUGGAAGCUACUGAAUGUCCUGAGACAAGUGCUCUACGAUAUUAA